CUCCAUACGAGCAUUGAAAAGACCCAUCGUCAAAAACGUUGGUAACACCACCCGACCGAGAGCGAGACUGCGAUGGCUCUCCCAGCAGAACUCGCAGCGCGCUCAGCGCUGUCGAGGAUUUGCACACGGUGCUCGGUGUCACUACAAUCUCGAAACGGGCUUGCCAUCGGCUUUCACCGGGUUUCCCGGCAACAACGACGGCCGCUUUCCGGAAGGAGCUCUGGGACAAAGCAGGUCGGUGGCAUUCCAGCCUCUGUUGCGGGAAGGAGUUUCAAUACCGCGCCCGGGCGGUUCUCCUCCGGCGUAGCGCGAGCCGAAAGUAGCUCGACCGUCCCCAGGUCUCCGUUCCAGUCAAAACCGGUUCUGGCUCCAGACGAGCUCUUCCACUCCUUCACGAAUUCCCCUAUUCCUGAUAUUCGAAGGCGGGCGGCCUUUAUGCGACAGCAUGCCCGCUGUCCUCACCAUGACCACCAGCCAGGUGGCGGAAUGGCGCCUGCGCAUGUCGAUUUUGAGUGUCCCGACUGCGGCAUUCCGGUCUAUUGCAGCAAGGAGCACUGGGCAGACGAUUACGAGGCGCAUCUCCAAAUCUGUGACACCCUGCGCCAGGUCAACGAGGACGACCAUGACCUCCGGUCUGGCCGCCAUUUCCCCGAAUUCGAAUAUGCGGGCGCGCAGCUGGAAGAGGCGUUGGUCAACAUGAGCAACUGGGACACCUUCCUCUACACGCGGCAGUUUAAUGCCAUCAAUGAUGACCGGAGCAUGAGGCAGGCAACGAGGCUGCUGACGUAUCCUGUUACUAUCGGGAGCAUCCUUCACGAGCUAAGUCCCUACAACAUCAAGCCUGGCGGCAGGCUUACCCCUGAAGGAAUCAAGAGUCUUAGUGCUCUACGGUACACUCUCCACCCGCCGCUGACGGGCGCUGGGACGGACGUGAAGAAGCUUCGGGUCGAGGCACCUGCCGUCCGCAUCUUCGUUCUGGGCGCCCGAGCCGAGUCUUCACUCCCUCGGGACGUCUGGAUCCAGCUGGCCCAUCUCUUCCCUCGUACCAGGAUACACUUGAUCUUCAUCGGUCCGGAGAGCAUGCUCAACAGAGACGAUGAGUUCCCACUCCCUCCGCGGACUCCGACGAACCCCUUCGGCGCCAUUGUCGAGGACCGAGUAUGGCCGACCCUGAAGAUCAGCACUAUUGUGGACUACUAUCACACGAUUCACAAGACCGGCUACUUCUACCCUUACGACCCGUACUUUGAUUGUUUUGUCAUGUUCCACCCCGGAUUGGGACACCCAGCCAGCUCGCACGAGUGGGAGGAAUCACUCCCGAUGCUCUUGGAGACUAAAGCACCCAUCAUUGUUACCGGUUACACCCAAGAAGACAUGGAGCGCGAUAUCAACUGGGUCAACAAGACGGCGGCUGGAGAGUUUGACGUGCUGUUGGAGCCCGGUGAGAACAGGUUCCGCAGUCUGCGCUGGGACCUGAACGAUCUAGACCCUCAGGACGUUAGCGCCGGCAACUGGGGCGUGUGGGCUUUCAGGGGCAAGAGGUACGAGACUACCCGCAAGUCUGCGGAUGAUUAAGUGUAGUAUAUUUUUUUUUUUUUGCCCAGUUCAUGAACGACUCUCUUGUACUACAAAAGGUUGGCCAACUUUCUCGGCCG